GAGACCAACAGCAGGGCGAAGUGCGGACAAAGUUCAAUCUUGAGAUUAUCAAAGCACCAUUUCAGCUGUUUUUACUGAUUUCUGAUGCUCUGACAACAACUGGGGAUCAGUUUUGAACACUUUGGUGCGUGACACCCACAGGCAUCAGGGCCAUUAAAUAAAAGCAUUUAACAAACUGAAUGUAACAGUGCAGACGUCUAGUUCCUGUUGAGUCUCUGCACUGCCUGAGAGAGAGACAUGGAUGCUUUUGAGGGGAUUCACAGCGUCCAGAUUUCCUCCUCUCCACCAUCUUCAGCAUCAGCCAGCCCAGGAUAUGAAGUCCUCAAAGCAGGGAGAUCUGGAAUAGCAGUAUAUUCCUCUGCUGUGUUUUUUGGGAAGCCUGAUGUCCUGGGACAGCCAGCUGCCAGACACAAGUGCAGCAGGGAACCUGAGGAGGAGGGCUGUGUUGUUGGACGGUUGGUAGACCUGGAUCCAGAGCCAAAGUCCAGAGUGGAGGGAGGAGGCCAGGCUGGGCCCACGUCAGGCAGAGACCAUGGCGACCUCUCCCGGCUUCGUAGCUCCUCACUGGAGAUCAGAGAGAAAGAAAUCCGAGAGAAGGGCUCGGAGAUCCUCAGGGAACAGCUGGAUGCUGCAAAGAGGGAACUGAAACUGAAGGACAAAGAGUGUGAGCGUCUGUCGCAGGUCAGGAAUCAGCUGGAGCAGGAGCUGGAGGAGCUCACUGCCAGUCUGUUUGAGGAAGCUCACAAGAUGGUGCAUGAAGCUAACGUCAAACAAGCAGCAGCGGAGAAACAACUGAAGGAGGCUCAGGGAAAGAUUGAUGUUCUGCAAGCAGAGGUGACUGCGCUCAAGACUCUGGUGUUGACAUCUACACCUUCUUCACCAAACCGCCAGCUGCAUCCACAGCUGCAGACUUCAGGAACCAGGGGAGCGUACAAACAUGUUGGGGGUCAUUCUCGCAAUAAGAGCGCAAGCGGUGGCUUUCCAUCCCCACCUGGAAAACCAGAACCCUCUUCAGUUUCCAUUCAGCCUGCAGCCAAAGAAGACCGAGAGCCUGCUGUUCCUGCUCUCCUCUCUCUGAUACUCUGCCUGGUUCCUGGCCAGUCUGUCAGUGCGACCUUUGACCGUUACUGGCAGGAGCGGGGGGAGGGGCUGGGCACUGACAGCAGACAGAUGGACUCUGUUCUGUACGCAGAGUUUUUGAUGUGGAAGGAGAACCCAAGUGUUGAGCGCUCCUCUGCCUUCCUGAGUCGCAUCUACAGAGAAGACAUCGGACCCUGCCUCUCCUUCACAAGAUCGGAGCUGUCGCAGCUGGUGCAGAGUGCAGUGGAAAACAACUCUUUGACUAUUGAGCCUGUGGCCAUGUCAGCGUUACCGAUGGUUAAAGCCUCAGCUAUUGAGUGUGGCGGCCCAAAUGGCUUUAGGGCAGCAAUAGAGACAAAAUGCGCGUUAAGUGGCAUGUCUCGCCUCUGCCGACAUCGCAUCAAACUCGGCGACAAGGGGAGCUACUAUUACAUCUCUCCUUCCAGCCGAGCACGGAUUACAGCUGUUUGCAAUUUUUUUACUUACAUCCGCUACAUUCAGCAGGGCCUGGUGAGACACGAUGCGGAGCAGAUGUUCUGGGAGGUGAUGCGUCUCCGCAGAGAGAUGACUGUGGCCAAGUUAGGUUUCUACCUCACUGACCAGGGCUAGAGGACCGGACAGCCCACUGAAACACUCGUCAGGACGGCACGAUCUCCGCACCUUGAUUAUUUAUGGUCAGGGUUAAACUGUGGUAACAAACAGAUCCUGGAUCUGUUUUUGUAGCAGAGGAGGUACAGCAGUAGCGCUGCAGCAGAGGUCGAUCAACAAGGGAAGCAGAAAAUGUUCCACUUUUAUGCAAUAAGACAAAACAUUCAACCAGCACAGCUACAAAGAAGUCAAAAUAA